AUGUCCGAUGCCCUCUUCGCCGAUGCCGAGAACGCUGCCCCGGCUCCCUCGGAGUCGGCCGGCCCUCGCAGGACCAAGCUGUUCCCCUGGGACAGCGUCGCUGCGCAGCUGCUGGAGCCCUAUGGAGAAAGCGCUCUGGACAGCAUGUCCCUCAAGCAAGUCUACGAUGCAGCUUCGAGGGGCAACAAGACCGCAGCCUACCACUCCCAUCUCUGUGCGGACCAAGCCUCGGAUGCCUGGCGCGUGGGAGCAGGCGUGUCGAUGACUGCGGCGGCCCUGCUCGCCGCUUUUCGUCACAUCGAGAUGGCGGACAUCGGCAAGCUCAUCAUGCCGGAGUUGCUCGCCAAGGUCAAGAUCGAGAUUGACGACCUGACCCCGCACCUGCGUAUCCUUGACAUGGGCAAGGGCUCGCAGAGCCAGAAGGACACGGGCAGCUUCCGGGCGGCUAAGCGGAUGCGGACGACUGGCAGCGGCACGAACGUGGAGCCCGUCACGGAAGCAGAUCUCCGUGCGAGUGCCAAGGCAAUGCACGCAUGGCUUCGACGUGACAAGACCCCGCUUCGCUCUCUGCUCUUCCUCCUCGGCGGCGGCAACACGUACUACACCGCUCACACCGCGGAGGUGGUGGCUCGUGCCUGCAUCCGACACAAGCCGAUCGCCGAGGAGCAGUUCGUCGAGGCCGUCGUCACCCGCAGCAAGAGCAAAGAAGUCGUCCCGGAGACCAAGAGCGCCGGCUCCGAUGCCACCGGUCUCUUCGACUAG